AUGCCUGUGGUCGACCCCCAUCACCAACGUAGUCAAGCUGUGAGUCUACCUAUCCGCAAUUCGCCCCAUAAUGAUGUACGGGUCGGAGACUCAUCAGCACCAUCGAAGGUUAUGGAGAGGCUUGAUUGCACGGAACGAAAGCUGUUAGGCGGCUACUUGGCUACUUUUGGCGACGGAUCUGAGGAGUCUGUCGGGUUCGAGCUGGAAGAGUCACCUGGGCGAAAUCGGAAGUUCUGGACUGGGGUGGCGAAGGAGGACUUGGGGACACUCGGUGUGGAUGGGCAGUUCAGGCGAAGCGUAAAGUUUUGGCGGGAUACGAUUCCACAAAGUGACCGAGGAGUUAAUCCUCGACCGAAAAUCGACAUGGCAGAUCUGAAAGACGAAGAGUGCAAUAGCACUUCAACAGUGGCAACAACUGAACCCCAAACCACCGUAGAAUCUACUGCUGCAAAAACUUCGUCUGCGGCUUCGCAAUCUACUGCCACAGCUGAGAAUUCUCAGUCCACUGCUGCAGCUACGACUUCUCAAACCACUACUGCAGCUACGACUUCUCAAACCACUGCUGCAGCUACGACUUCUCAAACCACUGCUGCAGCUACGACUUCUCAAACCACUGCUGCAGCUACGACUUCUCAAACCACUGCUGCAGCUACGACUUCUCAAACCACUGCUGCAGCUUCUGUGACUACACCGGCAGAUUCCAGUGGCGUGAUGACCGAUGCGAUACGACAGUUGGUAGUCGAUAAGCAUAACACAGAUAGAUCGUUGCUUGCUCAGGGGGCCAUCAGAAAUGGAAAACCAGGAAAGCCGAACCUUGGACCAGCCACGAAUAUGUUAAGGAUGAGGUACGAUAUAGCGCUUGAGGCAAAAGCACAAGCAUACGCUAACACUUGUGCUCUCACCAAAUCUGCUGUAUCUACUCGCCCGGACUCCGGUGAAAACACUAAUGUUAUUCAAUCAACGACAAUUGCAAUAUCCGACGCAUUGACACGAGUUGGGCGACGACCUGUGGUGAAAGCUAAGCUCGCCGUGGCAUGGCUGCUUAGUUUGGGGAAAAGUCUCUUUGCCACUCCAGCAUAUUCACUGCCUCAGUACCCUGCACACUGGGCCCUGCCGUCUCAGACGUCGGACGGCAACACACGCACGACUCGCCAUGGAGACUGUCUCAGACUGUGUACUUACAACGCGAGAACAGUUUCCACAGACGCUGACCUGCAUGUCCUUCUCGAAGCUGCAGAGCGUAUCAAAUUUCACGUGAAUUUCCUUGCUCUGCAGGAGGCCAAGUACAGAAGGAGCGACGUACGACAGAUGAAUGAUGGUACACUCGUCAUUCGUGGAGAGAAGGUUCCGUCGCGAAAUGUAGGCGGCGUUGGUUUUGUUGUGCACCCAUCUGUCGUCCAUCUCGUUGAUUCUCACGAGAUCCUGUCACCUCGUCUGGCCAUUCUUCGCCUCCGCCCUCUGCGCCAAAAAUCCAUCAGUAUCAUCAACUGCUACUCACCAACAUCAGCAGCUGAUGAUUCCGAAUUGGACGCGUUUUACGAGGAGCUGGAGGAAGUAGUCCGCAACGAGAAGUCCUUUUACAAAUUCGUUGUCGGAGACUUCAACGCAAAACUAGAAAAGGCCACAGAAGAGGAAUACAGGAUUGGAAGAUUUGGACUAGGGGACCGGAAUGAAAACGGCAAUCGUCUCGCCGCCGCUUGCCCGCCGCUCGCCUCUUUCAUGGGAACUCUCUUUUCAUGA